UCUGUUAGUGGCGGCUGCUACCUGCUCCGGACGCGGGUUGCGCUGUGGCGGCCGAAGCUGGCAGAGCUGGGCGCCAGCGCCGGGCUUUGCCCGCUUCUACUUGAAGCUGUGAAUUCCUUUGGACAACUGAUGAUAUUUAUCAUUGUGCCCAGUUUCUACAAAUAAAAAAAUGGGUGGAUUAUUUUCUCGAUGGAGGACAAAACCUUCAACUGUAGAGGUUCUGGAAAAUAUAGAUAAGGAAAUUCAAGCAUUGGAAGAAUUUAGGGAAAAAAAUCAGAGAUUACAAAAAUUAUGGGUUGGAAGAUUAAUUCUCUACUCUUCAAUUCUCUAUCUGUUUACAUGUUUAAUUGUAUACUUAUGGUACCUUCCCGAUGAAUUUACAGCAAGACUUGCCAUGACACUCCCAUUUUUUGCUUUCCCAUUAAUCAUCUGGAGCAUAAGAACGGUGCUUAUUUUCUUCUUUUCCAAGAGAACAGAAAGAAAUAAUGAAGCAUUGGAUGAUUUAAAAUCCCAGAAGAAAAAAAUACUUGAAGAAGUCAUGGAAAAAGAAACUUAUAAAACAGCUAAAUUAAUUCUUGAAAGGUUUGAUCCAGACUCAAAGAAAGCAAAGGAGUUGGAGCCGCCAUCUGCUGGAGCAACUAUAACUGCAAGACCUGGACAAGAGAUUCGUCAGCGACCUGCAGCUCAAAGAAACCUUUCUCCAGCACCAGCAGGCUCUAGCCAGGGCUCUCCCCGCAAAGUUCCAGUAUCUCCUGGACCACCAAAGGACACUUCGGCCCCUGGUGGACCCCCAGAAAGAACUGUUAUUCCAGCGCUGUCGUCAAAUGUGUUACCAAGACGUUUUGGAUCCCCUGCUACUUCAGUGCCUGGAAUGGGUCUUCAUCCUCCUGGUCCACCUUUAGCAAGACCUAUUCUGCCCCGAGAACGAGGUGCUCUGGAUAGAAUUGUUGAAUAUUUAGUUGGUGAUGGUCCACAGAACAGGUAUGCCCUUAUAUGUCAGCAGUGUUUUUCUCACAAUGGCAUGGCUUUGAAAGAAGAAUUUGAAUACAUUGCUUUUCGUUGUGCCUACUGUUUUUUCUUGAAUCCUGCAAGAAAAACCAGACCCCAGGCUCCAAGACUUCCAGAGUUUAGUUUUGAGAAGGGGCAGACUUUGGAAGGCUCAAGCACAGUUGGUUCCUUGCCCUCAGGAAGUGUGAUUUCAUCAGAGAACCAGAUCAGUGAAGAUAGCCAUGACAAGAGGCCUGUGUACUUCCAACACUGAAUCAGUGCAUUCGUCUUCUCCAAGUCUGCAACAUCGACUCCAAACACAAUAUCAGAUUUUUUCUUUUGCUUAAGUCAUGCUCUGAGCUGCAUGCUGUCACAUGCAAAUCAUCUGCCUUGCCAUUGCAAGCCUCUUGGAACUGAAAAUUAAAGAAUUCCGUACUGAGGAUGCCUAGAGGAAAAAUUGGAUUACUUUCCAUGAGUAACCUUGCUUAUGAAAGCUAAAGUGAAUAUUUGAAAGCCAAUAGUUGGGACAAAA